ACUUCUAUGCCGGAGGUUCCCCGUCGGCGCUGUGUUUGACUCAUUGACUACUUGGAUAAGUUAGCUUCGUGCUAACUUAGCUAUGGACAAUGUCCCCAGUUUUUGCUCCUCUGACACCUCUGAAGAAAACGGAGAGGAGACCUGUCAUGGCUCCUCGGUUGAAGACGGAUUUGUAGACGCUUUCGGCGACCUGGCCGCUCUCCCUGUCGAGGUUGGCGAGAGAAGACCGACGUGUUUGCGGUGCCGUCGCCCUCAGAAGGUGUGUCUCUGUCCUUUUCUUCCACCACAACCCCUGGAGGUCUCCACGUGUCUGUACGUGGUGCAGCAUCCUGCAGAGGAGAGCAGAGUACUCCGCACAGUCCCUCUACUUGCUGCUUGUUUGCCACAAGGAAAAUGCAAUGUCAUAGUUGGGAGGAGGUUUAAUGAAGAAAAGCAUCCAGAGCUUGCUGCGGUAUGUCGAGACAGCAGAACGCUGAUCCUGUACCCCGGCCCCAAAUCCCAGAACCUGGAGGAACUCGUGCAAUACCAGGAAGUAGGAAGUGUGAAACAUAAUGUGAUCAUCAUUGAUGGCACGUGGAGCCAGGCCAAAAACAUGUUCCUCAAAAACAGCCUGUUUCACCUGCCUAAACAGGUCCAGCUUAACAGGACUCUAUCCAGUCAGUAUGUGAUUCGCACACAACCAUCUAACAUCUGCCUGUCCACGCUGGAGUGUGCUGCUGUCGCCCUUUCCAUCCUGGAGCAGAAUGACAACAUCCAGGAGGUUCUGCUGCGGCCCCUGAAAGCUCUGUGCUCCUUCCAGCUGCAGCACGGUGCUCAAAUCCAUCACAGCAAGGAGCAUCUGCUGAAGAACGGCAUGUAUGACAAACCCAUGCCCAAGAACAAACGCAAGAUAAAAAGGAUGGAGAAACUCGUGACUGAUCACAACAUCUGCCCCAGAUGAGGAAGUGGCUGAAACGGGUUCGACUUGCAUACAUGUACACAGCGAUCUUCAAUGCUGCACAGGACUGAAUCAUCAUGGCAGCGUGUAGCAGUGUCAGAGUGCAGGCACACAAACCACUGGACUUUUGAGGGUUUUUAUUCUGUUUAAAGAUAUUUUAUAUAUGCUGGUUAAUUUAAAUUAUGGGUAAGUUAAAGUUUCAGUGUCAUGGUGGGACAAUAAACCCCGUUUCCAAGCUGCAUUGUUUUAAAAACAGUUCUCAUUGUUUAACUUUUAAACAUUAUGGUGGUUCUGAAUAUCUAUGGCUUUAGACCAUUACAUCUAAAAGGGCUGAUUCCACUGAUGUCUUUUAAUAAGCAAAAUCAUUCUUGAGUUGCGUUAUAAAAUAAAAACUCCUUUAUCAA